CAUAGCAGAAAAAAACAAUUCAGAAGACAGAACUGCUGAAGAAAAGUGGUGAUGGACCUGAUUCCCAAUUCUUCCAUAGAGACCUGGGUCCUCCUGGCUAUCUGUCUGGUGCUCCUAUAUCUAUAUGGAACCUAUUCUCAUGGGCUAUUUAAGAAGCUGGGAAUACCUGGGCCAACACCUCUGCCUUUAUUUGGAACUCUUCUGUACUACCGCAAGGGUUUUUGGCAAUAUGACAUCCAAUGUCAUGAAAAGUAUGGGAAAAUGUGGGGAUUGUAUGAUGGUCAACAGCCUGUGUUGGUUAUUACGGAUCCAGAGAUGAUCAAAACAGUGCUGGUGAAAGAAUAUUAUUCUGUUUUUACAAAUCUACCGGUAGUUUUGCCAUUGGGAUUUAUGCAAAAAGCUCUCUUUGCGGCAAGGGAUGAAGAGUGGAAGAGACUUCGAGUCUUGAUAUCGCCAGUUUUCUCCAGUGGGAAACUCAAGGAGAUGUUCCCCAUCAUUAACCAAUAUGGAGACACAUUGGUGAACUACCUGAGCCAGGAAGUGAAGAAAGGCGAGCCUGUCACUGUGAAGGAAAUGUUUGGGAGCUACAUCAUGGAUGUGAUUAUUAGCACCUCCUUUGGAGUUAAUAUCAAUUCCCUCAACAAUCCAGAAGAUCCAUUUGUGAAAAAAGCCAAGAACAUCCUUGGUUCAGAAUUCCUCCACCCGUUUUUUCUUAUAAUUAUGCUAUUUCCAUUCCUUAGACCAGUGUUUCAAGCAUUAAAUGUCUGCAGGUUUUCAAAAAGUGCUCUGGAUUUUUUAAAAAAUGCUGUAAUGAGGAUGAAACAAAAACGCCUAGAAGAUAAAAAAAAGCACCGCAUUGAUUUUCUCCAGUUAAUGAUUGAUUCCCAGAAUUCCCAAGACAAGGAGCCCUACCAAGGUCUAUCUGAUCUGGAGAUUGCAGCACAGUCUAUUAUCUUUAUUUUGGCUGGCUAUCACACCACUAGCACCACUCUUUCAUUUAUUAUGUAUUUACUGGCCAUUCACCCUGAUGUCCAGAAGAAGCUUCAGCAGGAGGUUGAUGAGACUUUGCCCAAUAAGGCACCUGUUACAUAUGAUGUACUAUUUGAGAUGAAGUAUCUGGACAUGGUGGUGAAUGAAACUCUCAGAUUAUAUCCAGUUGUUGAGAGAAUUGUGAGAGUUUGUAAAAAAGAUGUUGAACUCAAUGGGGUGUUCAUUCCCAAAGGAACAAUCGUGGCUAUACCAAUAUAUAGUCUUCAUCAAAACUCCAUGUACUGGCCAGAAGCUGAAAAGUUCUACCCUGAAAGGUUCAAUAAGAAGAACAAGGACAGCAUCAAUCCUUACGUAUACAUGCCUUUUGGAAAUGGACCCAGAACCUGCAUUGGCAUGAGGUUUGCUCUCAUGAACAUGAAACUUGCUCUCAUCAGAGUACUGCAAAACUUCUCCUUCUAUCCUUGUAAGGAAACACAGAUUCCUCUGAAAUUAAGCAAGACACCAUUUCUUCAACCAGAAAAACCCAUUGUUCUAAAGGUUGUGUUAAGAGAUGAGCCUGGAAAGUAG